AGUAGUUUGUUGGUAGUUGCGACGAUCACAUCGUGAAGCGUGUUAGUGCGAUACAUUUGGUUCGUGUCACAUAUCGCUGUCUGAUUUCUCGUUCCACUGCUGCUUUUUUGGAUAUACCAUACAUAAAUUUGGGAGAGCGAAAAAAAAGUGCUGUUUCUGUUCGGGUUUUUUUUCUGUGUGUCAGAGUUUGUGUUGGAGUCCGGACAAAAACAAACAUUUCACCAGAGACAAAAUAAAAAAAAUUCACCAAUCAGUCUUUGGAACGCUGAAUGAAUUCGUCAAAUACCGGCUCGGACAAAAACAUUGUAAAUCAAAAUAAAAUAUAAAUAAAGGCAUUGAAGGAGACAACAAAAAGAUCAACAAUUCUAUUUUGAAUAAAACACGCAUCCCACAAGAAACAAAACGACGACAAAUGAAUAAGAAUAAAGUCAAAAGUUCUCCUCAUGAUCGUCGCAUUUAUUUAAAAAAAAAAGAGAGUAAUUUUUGCUCGUUGUGAUUAAAAAUAAACAUCAAUUCUCACCUUUUGUUUCGCGAUCACAUAAAAGAAGUAAAUAGAGACAGUCAAAGAUAAAAUAAAUAAAUAUCACAGUUUUGGUAAACAUAUGAAUGUCAUGUAGGAUAUUUGUGAAGAUAUUUCACCGGUGCCUUCCUCCGUAACAAACCGAAAAGAAUAAAGAAAAUUAUCCAUAAAAAAUUGUUAGUGGUUGACGAACGUACGUUACAAAUUAAUAGCAAUAAAAACCACAAAAUUAAAGAAAAACUGAAAUUUUCUGAACAUUCGCCGAAUUUGGAAAGUAGCAGAGAUAGCUGACCAUUUUUGAUCUUCAUUAGUGUUGAUAAACGACGAUUAAAUAGUGCAAACGAAUUGUUUCGGGUGAAAUUUUAAAAUUUCAAAUAAUUUUCCGGCGAAACAACUGCAACGAACACUAGCAAUGGCAAUGACGGAUAUUAGCAAUCCGAUGGCACAUCAGCUGCCAUUGCACAAUCACCGUGGCGGUUUGGUACAACCGUCGCUUGUCAUGAACCAUCAUUUGGAUAUGGAUUGCCAUGGGAACGACAUUCGAAUUAAAAAACAAGAGCUCUCCAAUUGUGUCGGCUGCGGCGGUCAAAUCCAUGAUCAAUACAUAUUACGUGUAGCUCCAGAUUUAGAAUGGCACGCAGCGUGCCUAAAAUGUCAAGAAUGUCGGCAAUUCCUUGAUGAACGGUGUACGUGCUUCGUACGCGAUGGGAAAACAUAUUGUAAGCGGGACUAUGUUAGAUUAUUUGGCACCAAAUGUGAUAGAUGUGGAAGUUCGUUCAAUAAAAGUGAUUUCGUGAUGCGGGCCAAAACGAAAAUCUAUCAUGUCGAUUGUUUCCGAUGUUCGGCUUGUUCAAGACACUUAGUUCCAGGUGAUGAAUUUGCGUUGCGCGAAGGAGGUUCACUGUACUGUAAAAAUGAUCACGAUAAUUUGGAAAAAUCGGCACAAAGUCGCGUGGCUCCAAUCAUUGAAAGCAACAAUAAUACACACUUGAACAACAACAAUCAUUCCAGUGAAAUAGGUUCAAUGUCAGAUUCAGGUAGUGAGUCUGGUUCACACAAAAGCAUUCGCGACAAACGGCAAUCGGGACCAUCAGAUGGUAAACCAACCCGUGUACGAACCGUACUGAACGAGAAGCAACUUCACACCUUAAGAACUUGUUACAAUGCAAAUCCACGGCCCGACGCAUUGAUGAAGGAGCAGCUCGUCGAAAUGACCGGAUUAUCACCGCGUGUUAUACGAGUUUGGUUCCAGAACAAACGAUGCAAAGACAAAAAGAAGACAAUCCAAAUGAAGUUGCAAAUGCAACAGGAGAAAGAUGGCCGUAAAUUGGGUUAUGGUGCAAUGCAAGGCAUACCGAUGGUUGCUAGCUCACCAGUGCGCCAUGAUUCACCGUUGAAUCUGCAUGGGCUCGAGGUGACAUCAUAUCAACCACCAUGGAAAACCCUUUCGGACUUUGCCUUGAAUGCUGAUCUAGACAAUAACACAAUGAACACGCACAACAAUCCAGCAUUCCAGCAACUAUACAAUCAGAUGCAUGGAUAUGAUUCAAUGCAGCCAAUGCACAAUAACAUGCCUCCUCAUCAACAUGUACCUCCGAACGAUUCACUCGGUCAUCAUCCCGAUAGCACCGACUCAUAUGUCACGUAUCUCGAAAGCGAUGACAGUAUUCCGGGCAGUCCCUAAUGAGCCAUCAGCCAGAUUUUCUCAAAUGCCAGCCUAGCUCGACUUUAACCACUUUAACUGAAACAUACCGCAAAGUUUAUUGUGUACAUUGUAGAAAACUACGAAUAUAUCUUAACCAUAUUUAUUAUUUUACAUUAAGAUCUUAGAGCCUGCGAUUAAUUUCAAAUAAAUAAACUCAAAUGAAAAAGAAAUUGUUGAUUUCGAAAGGAAAAUUAAUUUUUAUCUUUCGAUUUGAAAGAAAACACUUAGUUAAUAAAAACUCAAACAUUUUCAAACGAACAAACAAUUGUUUUUGAGUUGAAGAUCGAUUUAUUUUAUAGCCUUUUGAUAUGAGUAUGAUACUUUAUAGACAGAUCUUAUUUUCAAUGUCAACAAGAUUUUUCAAUAGCAAAAACCGAUCAAAAAAUUCAUUCGCAGAAUAAAAAUGCUAACUUGAAUUUUAGCAUUAUUUCACAGUUCGGGUGUGGUUGAACAUAAAAUGAAAAGCAAAAAAAUUAAUGGGCUAUACAACUUCUCAGAAACCUUACGUGUAUACUCAAAUAGUUAAUGAAAUUUUAUUUAAUGAAAUGAAACUACAGAAAAUGAAAUGAAUCGCAUUCUACGUAUAUAUAUAUAUAUUUAAAACAUAGUUUUAAACUUCGAAUAUGUACAGAGAUAGAAUUCUAACAAUUAUUAUUAUUAUUAUUAUGACGUAUUAACAGAAUGAAACAUUACUCCUAAUUGUACAUUGAUAUCAACAGAAAAAAUUAAGAAUUAUGUAAUUCUAACCAAAUGAACAAAAUAUAAGCAUAAAAAACAAAUGAAAA